AUGGUGUCCUAUUACAUAGUCUUCCUUGGCGCCCAUGCUGCUUAUGAGAACGAGAACUCGGCAUUUAUUACCUACGACGAAGAGCACCAUCGAAUCCCUAUUGCUGCCGUACCGGGGACUGGCGAGAACAUCCGUACGUCGUCUGGACUGGAGCAUAUUGCGUUCACCUUUCCCACCCUCGGUGAUCUGUUGGAAUCAUACAAAGAGCGGAAGGAAUACGGCAUCUACCUAAUCUGGGGCGUUGAUUACGGCCCAACCGUCAGUAUCCACUACAUGGAUCCGGACGGCAACAUCCUCGAGAGCCAAGUCGACUGCUUUGCGACAUCGGAGGAGGCAAAUGAAUGGAUGGAAGGAGAGGAAUUUAUGGAGAAAGAACCCUCUUGGCGUUGA